AAAAACAAGAUGCUUGGAAUCCGAUUCCAAACCAUUCCGGGAAAAGCAAACCAAUCACUAACAAGAACAACUUGUCCAACAACAAAACUCCAGCUAACUCGUCUUCUCCGUAUCCCGUUCCCUCCCUUUAAAAGACCAUCCUUUUCUCUCUCCAAACUCAACUAUCACAAGAUCUUUUCUGUCAAGUAUUACCAAUCAACAAUGGCUAAUCCCUCAAAUGAGAUCUCAACUAAACCUAAUAUUACUCAUGUCAUUUUUGACAUGGAUGGUCUAUUACUUGAUACAGAGAAAUUUUAUACGGAAGUUCAAGAAGUUAUCUUAGCUGGUUAUGGGAAAACAUUCGAUUGGUCAUUGAAAGCUAAAAUGAUGGGCAUGAAAGCUAUUGAAGCAGCUAAAGUGUUUGUUGAAGAGACUGGAAUUAGUGAUUCAUUAACUGCUGAACAAUUUCUUGUUAAAAGAGAAGAUAUGUUGUUGAAUCUGUUUCCUACUUCAGAAUUAAUGCCAGGGGUUAGUCGUCUAAUUAACCAUCUUGAAGAACAUGGGGUACCAAUUGCUGUUGCUACAGGUUCUCAUAAAAGACAUUUCGAACUGAAAACACAAAAACAUGGUGAAAUAUUUUCGAAGAUGCAUCAUAUAGUUACGGGGGAUGAUCCAGAAGUUAAACAAGGCAAGCCAGCCCCAGAUGUAUUUUUAGCAGCUGCCAGAAGAUUUGAGGAGAGCCCAGUAGAUCUGACAAAGAUCCUAGUCUUUGAAGAUGCGCCUUCAGGAGUCGCUGCAGCAAAAAAUGCUGGAAUGUAUGUAGUAAUGGUUCCAGAUCCGAGAUUGGAUGAUUCUUAUCAAGCUGCUGCAGAUCAAGUUCUAAGUUCCUUGUUGGACUUCAACCCAAGUGAUUGGGGCUUGCCAUCUUUCAAGGAUGCCACAAACUAAAGUUGCAGCUGCAAUAUUUGGUAAGAUUUAAGCACUAUUUCUACAGGCAACAGUAUGAUUCAAAGACCUUAAAUUUGAAAUAUAUCGAUUGAAUUAGCUGAAAGGCACUGUCAAUAAUUCAUCUGCCCUAAUGAACAACAUUAUUUUAGUUGAGUUUAACAAUUUUUGUGAUAUGCCUUAUACGGGGAUGAUUGGCAGAAUACACUUCAACAGUUAAACUUGAAUUUCAUAGUUACGAAGUAUGUUUUAGGUUUAAAUUUAUGAGCA